GCGGGGACCAGGCGGUGGCGGAAGAUGGCGGUGAGGGGCCGCGUGGGCCCGCUUUCUGAUUAGGGGGAAUCGAGUCGCCGACGCUCCCAAUCAUGGCGUCAAACUCGACCAAAUCGUUUCUCGCCGAUGCCGGCUAUGGCGAGCAGGAGCUGGAUGCCAACUCCGCCUUGAUGGAGUUAGACAAAGGGCUGCGAUCUGGAAAACUGGGUGAGCAGUGCGAGGCGGUGGUUCGCUUUCCCAGGCUCUUCCAGAAAUACCCAUUUCCUAUUCUCAUCAACUCUGCAUUCCUGAAGUUAGCCGAUGUUUUCAGAGUUGGAAACAACUUCCUGAGGCUCUGUGUUCUUAAAGUUACUCAACAAAGUGAGAAACAUUUGGAGAAGAUUCUGAAUGUGGAUGAAUUUGUGAAGAGAAUUUUCUCUGUGAUCCACAGCAAUGACCCUGUGGCACGAGCCAUUACCCUGCGGAUGCUGGGCAGUCUGGCGUCAAUCAUCCCUGAGAGGAAGAAUGCUCAUCACAGUAUUCGCCAGAGUCUGGACUCCCACGAUAAUGUGGAAGUUGAAGCUGCUGUUUUUGCUGCUGCCAAUUUCUCUGCACAGUCCAAGGAUUUUGCUGUGGGAAUCUGUAAUAAGAUCAGUGAGAUGAUUCAAGGUCUGGCCACGCCAGUGGACUUGAAGCUGAGGUUGAUCCCGAUCCUGCAGCACAUGCACCAUGACGCCAUCUUGGCCUCCAGUGCCCGGCAGCUUCUGCAGCAGCUCGUCACAGCCUACCCUUCCACCAAGAUGGUGAUCGUGUCUUUGCACACGUUUACUCUGCUCGCAGCUUCAUCUUUGGUUGAUACGCCCAAGCAGAUCCAGCUUCUGCUGCAGUAUUUGAAGAAUGACCCCAGAAAAGCAGUAAAGAGACUGGCUAUUCAAGACCUGAAGUUGCUGGCCACUAAAACGCCACAUACCUGGAGUAGAGAGAACAUUCAGGCACUCUGUGAGUGUGCCCUGCAGACGCCCUACGACAGUCUGAAGCUGGGGAUGCUGUCGGUCCUUUCCGUGCUGUCGGGCACCAUUGCCAUCAAACACUACUUCAGCGUCGCCUCGGGAAAUGUGGGUUCUCCCCCUAGAUCUUCUGAUUUAGUCAAAUUGUCCCAAGAGUGCUGUUACCAUAACAACAGGGGCAUCGCAGCUCAUGGUGGGCGAGUCCUAACCAACAUCACUGUGUCCUGUCAGGAAAAAGAUCUUUUGGCCCUGGAGCAAGAUGCUGUCUUUGGCCUGGAAUCCCUUCUGGUGCUUUGUAGUCAAGACAACACUCCCGGUGCUCAAGCCACUUUGAAGAUGGCUCUGAAUUGCAUGGUGAAGCUGGCCCAGGGCAGGCCCCACCUCAGCCAGUCCGUGGUGGAGACCCUGCUGGCCCAGCUGCACAGGGCGCAGGAUGCGGCCCGGGUCCUCAUGUGCCACUGCCUGGCCGCCAUCGCCAUGCAGCUGCCCGUGCUGGGCGACGGCAUGCUGGGCGACCUCAUGGGGCUCUACCAGGCCAUUGGCCACUCAGCCUCAGACCAGCAGCAGGAGCUUCUGGUGAGCUUGGCCACCGUGAUUUUUGUAGCCAGUCAGAAAGCUCUGUCUGCUGAAGUAAAGGCCGUCAUUAAGCAGCAGCUGGAAAGCAUCUCCAAUGGUUGGACCGUGUACCGGAUCGCCAGGCAGGCGUCCAGAAUGGGCAACCACGACAUGGCCCGGGAGCUGUAUCAGAGCCUGCUGACACAGGUGGCCUCUGAGCACUUCUACUUCUGGCUGAACGGCCUGAAGGAGUUCUCUCAGGCCGAGCAGUGCCUCACCGGGCUGCAGGAGGGGAAGUACAGUUCAGCACUUUCCUGCAUCGCUGAGUCUUUAAAAUUCUACCACAAGGGGAUUGCCUCCUUAACCGCUGCCAGCACACCACUGAACCCUUUAAGUUUCCAGUGUGAGUUCGUGAAGCUCAGGAUUGACCUCCUGCAAGCCUUCUCUCAGCUCAUCUGCACGUGUAACAGCUUGAAGACGAGCCCCCCGCCUGCCAUCGCCACCACGAUUGCCAUGACCUUGGGGAACGACCUUCAGCGCUGUGGUCGCAUCUCCAACCAGAUGAAACAGUCCAUGGAAGAGUUCCGGAACCUUGCUUCCCGAUACGGGGAUCUUUAUCAGGCGUCUUUUGAUGCUGACUCUGCAACUUUGAGGAAUGUCGAGCUACAGCAGCAGAGCUGCUUGCUGAUAUCCCACGCAAUCGAAGCCCUGAUUUUGGAUCCAGACUCAGUAAGCUUCCAGGAGUGUGGGCCCACUGGAGCCGCCCCCGCCGACAGUGAAUAUGAGCGGAGAAUGAUGUCUGUGUACAACCGCAUCUUGGAGGAGGUGGAAUCUCUCGGCCGGAAGUACAGCCCCGUCUCUUACAUGCACACAGCUUGCCUGUGCAACGCCAUCAUUGCUUUGUUGAAAGUUCCUCUUUCAUUUCAAAGAUAUUUUUUCCAGAAACUGCAAUCUACCAGCAUCAAGCUUGCACUGUCCCCAUCCCCCCGGAACCCGGCUGAGCCCAUCGCUGUCCAGAACAACCAGCAGCUGGCACUAAAGGUGGAGGGCGUGGUUCAACAUGGCGCCAAACCUGGGCUCUUCCGCAGAAUCCAGUCUGUCUGCCUGAAUGUUUCUUCCACUCUGCAGAGUAAAUGUGGACCAGACUACAAGAUGCCCCUCGACAAUGUGGCCAACGAGAUGGAGCAGAGGGUGGAGCCCCACAACGACUACUUCAGCACUCAGUUUCUGCUCAACUUUGCUGUCCUUGGGACGCAUGCCGUCACGGUGGAAUCCUCUGUGAGAGACGCCAACGGUACCAUCUGGAAGACCGGCCCCAGGACCACCGUCUUUGUGAAGUCGCUGGAGGACCCCUACUCCCAGCAGCUCCGCCUGCAGCAGCAGCAGGCCCAGCAGCCCGCGCAGCCGCAGCCGCGCACUGCCUACACUCGCUUCUAGCCACCAUGUUCUCUGGUUCCUGUGGGGUGAUGGGCUGGGAAACGGGGCUCUCUUGGUAAUUUAUUUUGAGAAAUAGCUGGGUUCCUAGCAGAAAUGUUUGUUUCCUUGUUCUUAAACCCAGCUCACUGGCCUUGCGUACCCGGCAUUUCUGUGGUCAUGUUGUUCCUGCUGAGUCUUUCCAUUCGAGGAACCUCACAGACUUGGGAAUGCCCAGCGGAGCUCUGUCUGCUGCUCCACCUGCCAGAGCCUCUUGCCUCCUGACACAGGCCUCUGGCCACAGCGCCCCUUGGAUUCCACCUGGGGGGCACAGAGCUGCCGUGGCCUCCUAGGCCCGAGCUUGGGGUCUGGUAGGGUGGAGACACCCACAGUGCUGCUUGGACCACUUACCUGUCUCUUCUGCACCAGCUUCGUUUAUUGUUUUAGUAUUUAAUUGACCUGAAAGGCAGCUAAUAGUUCCAUGGACAGGUUAGACGUUAAUCAUCUGUUUUCCCUACUGUGUGAGUGACUGUGUGUAAUGCAGACUUUACAUUGUUUCUAAGGGUGAAAAAAAUUCACUCCUGUCUAAUGUUUCGCUUGUGUUUUGACCCAGGACAGCAGGCCUUUCCCUUGGCAGCUCUGGUUUGGCAUGUUAUGUAAUGCGGGCUGCUUUGUCUGGAAACAGCAGCCCUAGGCACAGCCUUGCUAUUGGGGUGCUCAGGAUAGACAUUUCCCGGUUGACCAGAAACCCCUUCUAGACCUGGGUGCUGGUGAAGUCAUCGCAUGGUAUCGGUGACGGCGCUCGCUGGCCUCACACGUUCCCUGGAUGGGACUUCAUGGCACUCCUGCUUUGGGCCCCUCUCAGCUGUGGCCACACGUCUCAUAUCCGAGGGCAGAGACCCACAGACCCUGAGGCGACUGGGGCAGGAGCAGCUCCUCACAGAAGACAGUAGUCUCCAGAAGUUUCCUUUUGAAAUAAAUGUUUCUUUGUCAAUGUUUUGCCACUUUCUCUUCAAAGUUGACAUGGGCACAAAGGGGUGGUAGAGUUUAGAGGAGAAACAUUUUUUUCUUCCCAUGUGACUUCUAGUGAGGAGUGGCAGGCAACUGGGGCCCUACAGGUUUGCUUGUCUUCAUGUGCUCUCCUCAGCACUGCACCAUCUCCUACCAGCAACCAGAACACCCUCCACGCCCGGGGACAUCUCGGACACAGCCUGUGUGUGCCCUGUCCUCCCGGGUGUGCCCAUCCUGCUGGCGUCUGGGCAUGCGUGCUCCCGGAGGAUUGUCAGUGAGUCCUCGACCCCUUGGCCAGGCAUGGAAAGAGCUAAGUCAGGCCUUGAGGUCCACUGUGGUGCUGAUGGGUUGGCCCCGGACCUGGGGCUUCUCUGCCCUCACUCCUCUGUCUGUUAAGUGACCAGACCAGACUGAACGAGGGCUCAUGCUGCUGAGUAAUUGUCUGGUGACUGAAAGACAAAAGACCAAAAGGUUCUCAGGGACCUGGAGAGACUUUCUUAAUUGACUGUUUUCAGAAUGAAAUCUUGUGCAAAUGUCCGGUUUCUGGGGCUAUUUCAAGGUAGAAUUCUCCAGAAAAGAAACAUGUCUCGUAGCUUCCAGUUCCCCUAAUUACCUUCGAGACCUUUCCAAGUUUUAUGUUCUUCACACGCAGGCUGCUGCUCUGGGGUUGUAAGCCCUGCCUUGGUGGCACUAGCGUCCUUGGUGCCUUCUUGGAAAGGAUGACUCCAGUGCAAACAGCUGAGGAGUUCAAGCAUGAACCAGCUCUGAAGUGAAACAGCAUUUCACUGCAUUCUUUCUGCUCCACCCAGGGUCAGAGCGCUGACAUUUGGUGUAAGGCCUCCAUUUCGGGCCUCCACUCUUAAAUAAUUAUUUCAGUGUCUGUGUUUAUAAUUUCAACUUGGAUGCGUGAAAAGAAAAUACAGUACUAGUCAAGGAAGGAUGCAAGGAAGAAACAUACUGACAUGAACUGAGCGUGUCCCCCGACAGUGGAGGGCUCAGCCUUGCUAGAAGACGCGGCAAUUUCUGGGUGUAGUCACCGGAGAGCAGGUGGCCCGGCACCUGUGGCCACGCUGCCUGGCUGUGGCCGUGGGCAGGCUCCUUACUCUUGCUGUCUUAGUGCUUGGGGCAGGGGCUUAGGUGAGUUAAUAUGCAGUCAGCAUGUGCAAGGCCCUUGGACUCACUUACAGCGACAGUUGAUUGCUCGCCUUGGUGGUUGUGCUGUUCCUGGGGGUGAUGGGGUGUCUCUGGGGGUGAAGGAAGCUGAGAGCCUGGAAGGGUCUCUGAGCAAGUACAUCUGGACUCUGUCCUGGGCAACUCAUACCCCCGCCCCAUGCUGGCCUGGAGGCUCAGCUGACCCCACAGGCUCUGAACCCCAUCAGCAGCAUUUGCGUGGGCAGAAAUCAGGGAACCCGCACAGAUUUCUGGGGCCCUGGCCCAUGGCACCGCUAGUGAGGGCACAAUUUUAAAAACAGGUGACCUUUAUAUUCCUGCACAGCUAUUUGGUAAACACACAGCGUGCUGGCUAUGGGCACACGGGCAUGGAUGGGGAUGGACACGCUGCUCAACCCACAGCCACCCCUUGUUUGGCACAGACCCGGAAGGGGAGCCUUGGACCAAUCCCCCAACCUUGAGUGCUAGGGGGGACUGAGCUUCCUUGGUGCUUUCCCUGUGAGGAAAGGCACGGGCUUGGGUAGUACCGGCUAGGACAGCCAGCACUGUGAGGCCUUUGGGACGGGCCUGAGCACCGCCCAUCACUGCAGCACGCUUUUCCUCAUCUCCCUCCUUAGCCCGCUUGGAGAUCGGGACCUCCUGCUUGAGCCCUUGGGCAGGGGCUCCCAUCAAAACACUGGCCCAGACCCGACACGUGGGCGCCGAUGCCUACCAGCCUGCCCUGCACCAUCCAUGCCGACCUGCCAUGAUUGUGCCGCAUGAGUACCCAACUCACCUGUGACCCUCAGACUUGGCACGGGGUGCUGCAGUCACCA